GGGACGUCCGAUGAUUUGGUUCUCUUGAUUAUCCCUCCUUGGUGGGUGUGCCUUUAUCGGAUCAAUGCACGAUGGGCCUUAUUGUGAGUAGAGCCUAUAUAGCUGAAAUUUCCCUUGCCUGUGAUACGGCAGAAAUAAACCAGAGAAAUGGGAGUCAAGAUAUUUUUCCGGAUCCGCAUACUUUAAGUAUUCUCCGAAAAGCAUGGACCUGUCUUCCAACACAUAUGCAGGAAGAUAUCAGAGGCAUAUCUGGAAUCGAGACUCUGACGCCCACAGAGACCCAAGGUGAAGUUCGUAGACAAUACGUCACCGACAUUACUUCUACGGGACAGAAUCACUCACACAACCAACCCGUGGUUUCCGCCACGGGUAGACUGGAAAAGAAAAGAAAGGCAAAGAGAAGCUCAGACACUGGGAAGAAAACAAAAAAGCUUUUGGCUCGCAGGAAUACUGAAGAGUCUGAGUUGAGCACAACUCUUCCGGACGAAGUGAAGACAAAUAUUACAUCCUGGAAGGAUGACCCUCUUUCUUUCUUUGUUAAAGGAUCAGACGUCAACCUUGAGCUCGACAACUGUAUUGGGGGCUUCUAUAGCUGCCUGGUGUCGUUAGAGUCACGGCAAGGGCUUGAUUCGAUACGCACACGAUUCCUCAAGGUCUCCUUUUACCAUUUGAAACUCAUGGUCUGCUCGCAACAGUUGCGUUCUGUCCAUAUGGCAAAAAUCGCACGGGUGAUACAUGCAUCCGGUUUGACCAGUCAUGACUCAUCUAUCAUUGAAAACAAGCUGUCGCGUUGGAUCGAAGAAGGCCAUCGACUGGAUGCAUUGUGCAGGGAUUUGAGCGAUCAAGUCCAAGGAUUUGAAUACCUAUCUUGGCUGUUUCUUUUGCCUUCAAAGGUUAACUAUGAAUUUGUCAGAGUGCUCCCCUUCGGCGGAGAAAAGAGAACAGAGGCGAUUCAACACCUCCAGACAUAUGGGAUUCCCUCACCUCCCUCCCCAAAAGCCCAGUCAUAUAUUGGGGGUAUAGAGGAUAUUCGUGGAUUAUCGGAAGCGAUUUUCAGAACAUUGUGGAAUAGGCUUGACCAGUCAGUUUCUGAAAAUCGAGAGAUCUUUGGAUCGGGUCAACGUACGUCCAUUCAGCAAUACAAGAAACAAGCUAACUUUUGGAUAGGCUGGCAAUUUCAAUACAACCCACUUUUCUGGGCACAAGAUGCCCAAAGGGGGUUGGACAAUUCACGUCAAACCUCACUUGAAUCUGAACCUUUGUUAUCAGUGCGUAAGUGCGCGUAAUCUGCACCCCAGGGAUGCGUUUGAAAUACUAACGCAAAACUGGACAAUAGCCAGACAUGCCAUAUGCAGCCCAAUUAAUGUAGAAAGAUUCCCUUGUGGACAGGAUGGUGACUCUAAUCCUCGUCAAGGUAUUGAAAUGGAAAGCGUCACUGGCGUGCAUGGUGACGGCGUGCUUAAUGCCGGUUUUAAUGCGCGAAACGGCAUCAUUCCGGUUGACGCCGUGAACCUAUC